AUGGCUUCUUCACAACAGAAUAAAGAGGUGACAGCGGAAGCCAGGGCAUCAUCUAUGAACCCCCCACUUGCAUCAAGUGGAGACCACCAAACUCCGGUUGUUAUUCCAGUGCAAAAUUCAUCGAAAUUAGGAGAAGCAACGAACGAGGAGAAAGACAGUAAAUUGACCCGGUUGUCAAUAGUCAAAGGUCCACAAGCGAGUAACAAAGCUCCGUGGGGAGUGAAGUGGAGGAGUUCCAGUUGGUUCAUAACAACAGUGGUCACUCUCGGAGUAACCACUGAUAUAAUCACAUAUACUAUCGUUGUUCCUGUACUGCCUUACAGAUUACAAGCACUGAACUACACCAACAUUUCUGCUUUGACAUCAUGGCUUCUUUUCGCCUAUUCAAUAGGCAUCUUCAUAUGCACCAUGCCGGUGGCAUACUUCUUCCAUAAAUACCCAUAUCGACGGUCUCCUUUGAUUGUUGCUGUACUUGUUCUCGAGGUGGCAGUCGUGCUAUUUAUGACCAUUAAAGCAUAUUGGGUAAUGGUGUUGAGUAGAUUCAUACAAGGAGCAGCAAGCACAGUAGUCUGGUCUGUCGGUUUCGCUUUAAUAUGCGAGAACGUACCGGAAAAGCAUGUAGGACGUCAGAUCGGAUUCGCGUAUUCCGGUGUAUCUAUAGGAAUGACAAUCGCUCCUCCGAUUGGAGGUGCGUUGUACGCUCGUAUGGGAUGGAAAGCCCCUUUUGUCUUCUGCAUCAUAGUCUGCGCUAUAGAUUUGAUUCUUCGGCUGUUCGUAAUCGAGCAAAAAGACCUAAGGGAAUGGGAAAAGAAUCAUCAAGACUCAGUGGAAAAUGCCAAUUCAGCCAAACCCAGAGAAGAGGAGAAGAAAGUCAGAGAGGCCGAAGUACCCGCUUCCAGAUUGAACGACCCAACGGAUACAUCGUCGCAUAAUCCUGAAGAUAUAAGCGAAGAUCGCCUCGCAGUACCUUCAGAACAAAGUUCUGAUAUUGUGUCAUCUGAGAAGAAGGAAGAUACAGUGGAAUUGUCACCCUGGAAAGUUAUCGUGACUAUCGCAAGCUCCGGCAGAGGAAUGACCGGCUUUUGGGUAACAUUCAUAUACGGCCUACUCAUUGGUAUAUUCGAGCCGACAUUGACAUUGCGAAUUCAAACUAUAUGGGACAAAAAUGCAGAUUUCGUUGGAUUAGUCUAUCUUGCUGCUGCUGCGCCAACUUUCGUGACUGGACCUUUGGUUGGCGCUCUAGCAGAUAAAUACGGAGCGGAAUUCAUUAUGCUACCUUGUCUUAUCUUUUCGUUACCGUGGAUACCGCUACUCAUACUCAAGAGGAGUCUGCCAGGAUUUAUUGUUCUGUUCGCUCUUGUCGAGGUUGCCCUCCAAUGUGCAUCAGGGCCUGCAGGUCUAGAGGUGACUCUAGUGUCUAGGAAAACACCGGGCAUCAGCGAGAUUCAUCAAUUUGCCGCGAUGAAUAUCGCUUUCGCCAUUUCGACUUCUGUUGGAGCUGUGGUAGGAGGGCAGAUGUAUGAUCAUCUCACCAGUGGCUGGGCUGCCAUUUGCUGGUUUGGUUUGGGUAUAGUAGCUAUAUCAUUGCCAUUACCAUUCUUCUUUUCUGGUAAUAGGUCGAUAUAUCGCCGGAUGGUUGAUCGACGUCGUCCCUCGGAAGACGCACUGGAAUCUCAAACGCAGAAUACAGGAACAACACGGUCCGACAGUCCAUCAAGCCCCGUGAACAUAUAA